CUAAUUCUUAAAUCUUAAACUAGUAAUCUGUGAUUUUACCUAUAAAUUAAAAUAAAGGUUGUCUUAUACAUUGUUUAUAAGUGCCAUAAGGAUUUAAAAAUGUCUAAAUCCAUGGCUCGACUCAAGUCAAUGAAGAGAGUUUCGGAGAAAAUUGACCAUUCUUCAAAGUUGCGAACACAUAUUCCUGCAGGAAUGGCUGCAGCCGGUCCUCCUCUAGGACCUAUGCUAGGGCAGCGUAAUAUAAAUAUAUCAGCCUUCUGUAAAGAUUUUAAUGAACGUACAGCUAAUAUUAAACCUGGUAUUCCCUUACCAACAAGAGUGAAGGUAAAUUCUGAUAGAUCCUAUGAGCUCACUAUCCAUCAGCCACCGGUUUCCUAUUUCCUGAAGCAGGCUGCUGGUGCGUCUCGCGGUGCAAUGCAGCCAGUUAAAGAGUUCUGUGGAAAAAUUACUCUCAAACAUAUCUAUGAAAUAGCUGUUAUAAAAUCCCAAGAUCCACCACUGCAGCAUAAAGAUUUAAAGGAAAUUUGUACAAUGCUUCUGGCAUCUGCCCGAACUUGUGGAAUACAAGUUGUCAAAGAACUGGAUCCUCAGGAAUAUGCAGAGUUUCUUGAAGAAAGAAAAAGAGUUAUAGAAGAACAGAAAAAGGAACUACAAGAAAAACGAGAGGCAAAAAUGUUAAGAACAGCAUAGUUUUUAAAUUAUGUUGAUCUUAUAUUUCUUCAGAUUACUGGGACCUGUGACUAGGACUAUAGGGAAUGCAGUGUUGCACAUCAGGUCGUGUAAGGCCCGAUUCGACCAAACUUGAAGUUACACCAGUAUAACUAUCA